GAUCUGUCAUUAGAAGAUUCUGAAAACUCUGAUGAUCAAACAGCCAUUGUAUAUUCCAGUUUGAUGUCAAUGAUGCGUCUUACAUUUGAUCGAAAUGAAGCUGCCAUGGAAAUCGAUGAGGAAGUUAUAAACAAUUUUGAAGUAGCAAAUGGAGAUACAAAACAAAGCAAAGAAAAAAGACAGCGA